AUGCUGCCUGUGCACGGCUCUAACACCAUCAUCAAGUUUGCAGACAACAUCACAGUGAUCAGCCUCAUCAGCGACAACGAUGAGACAACCUACAGGGAGGAGACUGGAGUCAUGGCCAACUGCUCUCUGUGGAGCUUGUGUCUGCUGCUGCCCCCGCUGCUGGCCCGGAAGAGGCCCUGCUGCCUGGCCUCCAUCCCACUAGGGAGACUAGCCAGGGCACCACGGCCUGGCCUGUCCUCCCCACUAAGGCUCACACCCAUUGGGAAUGGACCUGAUGCUGCCUCUCUAGGCAAAGGCUCUGAGGUCAAAAUCUUCUUUUCCUGCAAAGACUCCACCCAUACGUCAAAGCCAGCAGCACAAGAAGGAGGUCUUAACCUGGGGGAUUUUUUUGACAGCACUAUCACCACCACCAAGGCCCCAUUCAAGGUCCCUAAAGGCACCAAGGCCCCAGCCAAGCCUAAACCAAAGCCAGCUGGUGCUGACCUUGACCUCAGUGAUGCCUUAGACGCCAACAAUGAUAUUGGUGGCAAGGAUAAGAACAAGGGGCAGGGAGGUGGAUUUUCUGACACCGAUCUGAUUGAUGUGAGUAAAGACGAUACCUACAAACCUGACAAAGGCAAAGGUGGAUAUCCAAGUGGUGACCAUGAUCAGGUCAGCCAACAUGAUGAUAACAAUACUGGGACCACAGCAGAGGUGGGCACCAUUGCAGGAAUUGUUAGUGCAGUUGCUAUGGCGCUGGUGGGUGCAGUCACUAGCUACAUCUCCUACCAGAAGAAGAAGCUGUGCUUCAGUGUACAACAAAGCCUGAAUACUGACAUGGUUAAGGCUGAGAACCCCGAAGGUGUGGUGGCUGCAGAACCACAAGUCCAACAGACUCUCCUGGAACCACCCCAUGCUGAGCCUCCUACUGAAGAGAACGCUGUGUAAUACACAGUGGUCACCCACCUACCUGUACUCUUUACCAAGCACCCCCACCUAGUCCCUCCAGCACACACACACACACACACACACUGUUUUCAUUCCUUGUGGGAACUUUACAUUGACUUACAUUCAU